GUCCUCGAACCCGCCAGCAAGCUAGUAGAUUCUCCGCGGUCCCAGAGACUCCGGCCCACGCCAUGGCGGACUCCGAGCGCUUCUCGGCCCCCGGCUGUUGGGCCGCCUGCACCACUUUCUCGCGCACCCGAAAGGGAAUUCUCCUGUUAGCUGAGAUUGUCCUGGGUCUCCUCGCUACCUGCCUCUUUGGCUAUGAUGCCUAUUUUACCUUCCCUCUUCGGCAGCAGAGACAUACAGCAGCCCCCACUGACCCCACUGAUGGCCCGGUGUAGGUUGACCUCCCCUCAUGUCUCUCUGCAACCAGAAAACGACUCCUCCAUGGAUAUACCCCACCACCACCACCAGGACUCCCAACCUUGUCAGUCCAUCCUCCUGGGUGUGGCCACUUUUCUGGGUGUGCCUGAGUCCUCCUCCCUUCUGUGGUACCCAAAAAGAAACACCAGUUCUGCCUGGACCCGUGCCUCCACCUAAGCCACAAAUUGAGGGAGGAGGGCGCCUCAGAUUUCUGUUUCCAGGCCCCAGGUAUAACCUACUCCAAGUAACUUCUUCC